ACUUUAUACACAAGUUUUGUGGGAUAUAUAUUUUGAUUGCAUAUGUUAAAUCAGUCAUCAUGAUGAACGGUGUGUUGCGUCUACCUACUGCUUCAGCCUACAGGGCCAUGCGAAUGCUAUCUAACAAAACUACCGGAUGGCUCAAUAACGACAGUGUGCGUUGCUUUAGGCCUGUGUACAACCAGUUCGUUGUACGGGCAUUCGGUACACAGGCCGGUAGCUGCCAUACUAAUAUAGGAGAUCUUGUUGGACGCGAGUUCCCUGAUUUCAAAACAUCUGCUGUGAUCAACGGAAACAUAACCGAAUUUGACGCUUCUGCAUAUUUUCGUGAUUCGUAUGCGUUGCUUGUAUUCUAUCCGUUGGACUUCACUUUUGUUUGCCCUUCUGAGCUUUUGGGAUUUUCCGCUAGACUUCCUGAAUUUGAGCAGCGUGGUAUCAAGGUAGUUGGCAUAUCUAUAGACUCAGUAUUUUCUCAUCUUGCUUGGCUUCAGAUGGAUUUGAAGAAGGGUGGUGUGCAGGGACUAAAGAUUCCAUUAGUGUCUGAUAUAUCACGUUCAAUAAGCAAGAGUUUUGGCCUUCUUCGUAGCGACGGUUUUGCACAACGUGCUUCUGUACUUAUUGACAAGACCGGUAAGGUGCGUCAUACGGCUGUUUUUGACUUGGGUAUUGGUCGAUCCGUUGACGAGACCCUUCGUGUGUUUGACGCUAUUAAAUUUAACGACGAAUCUGGGCAGGUAUGCCCAGUAAACUGGCAGAAGGGCGGUGCUGGUAUGUCUCAGACAUCUUCUUCUACAGGUGAUUACCUUUUCAAGACCUUUUCUUAACAUUCAUGUGCCUUCAAUUUCACUCAAUACGGUUUAGCCCUCGAAAUGACAGGGGUAUGACACAU